AUGUCAGUCUUUCUUGGUUCCUCCUCACAGUACUCAUAUGCCUCUGUUGAUCCAGAGAAGAUCAAAUUGGCUGAAAUACAAUUCCAAGCCAUGGCCCAUACAUUCAAUAAGCUAUUACGAAGAUGUGAAGCAAAAUGCCUCGUUCACGAGUAUGGAGAAGGUGAAUUAACCAAAGGUGAAUCGGAAUGUAUUGACAGAUGUGUUUCGAAAUACGUAAAAGCUAAUCUUGUAGUAGGUCAACAUUUUCAAAAUCAAAGACUAGAUCCAUUCAAUAACAUGCCUGAGUACAAGAAAGUGCAGAGCAUACUAAACGGAAGGAUAUGA